AAAAUCCAUUGACCAAACAAAAAGGAAAGGAAGAAAAACCCACAAUGGCCGCCCCCCGCUCAACUUCCUUACGCGCUCUUCGUCUCCUAGCUGCCCAGCAACAUACACCACUCCCCUCUUCGGCCUUCGCCUCCGUGGCGCCCUUCCGCCGCUCGCUACACAUCACUGGUGCAUUCUCCGCCCAGCCCGCUCGCGGACCCGACGUAGCCGCCAUCUACCGCUCCCGCGGCCUGGGGGAUCUACGCGCGGAAUGCGAGAGAAGGAACCUUAGGAGUGCGGGGAGUAAGGCGGAGCUCGUGGAUCGCCUGGCAAACCAUGACAUUCUCCAAUCUCGCGCAUUUAGCAUUGCGAUGAGGAAGAUCGAUAACCACCUUCUGGGGACAGGGAGCUCAUCCCGCACCUUCAACACCUCCCGCGCCCAAAAAUCCGUCAACGACUCCUCAACCGUCGACUUCGUCUACAUGCCCCAGGACAUGGACGCCUUCCCCUCCCCCUCCGCCAUCGCCGGCACCCCAAUGCCCACCCCGCCAGACGCCUACGCCCACUACCAGCUCACAAACAGCACCGGCACCACCCCGGGCCCCAUGAAACCCCAAAUCUACACCGUCUCCGGCGACUACGACGCCCCAUCGUCGAGUAGCGGUAGCCGUAUUAUGGGCAUUGCUGCUGGCGGCGCUAGCGGCGGCGCUGCCGGUGGUGGUGGUGGAGCAAGCGCCAUGAGCGAGGUCGUCGAUAACCAAACUGUGGAGUUCGAUCCGUUUGAGCUGACGGAGACGGUGAGGCGGGCGCGGGAGGGGGCUGCUGUGGCGGAGCAGGCGGCGAUGGCGGAUGGGACGGUUAAGGGGGUUGCGAGGCAGUUUUGGGAGGGGAUUGUGGAGGAUGUGGUGGGGAAGAGGGAAAGGCGGGGUGGGGUUGAGGGGCGGAAGUAG